AUGAAUACUGAACCCAAUGUCACUUAUUUAACUUUUGCUGGUCAUGUGGAGAUAGACAAAUACAGAUAUCUGUACUUUGCGAUCAUGUUCACGGCAUACGUUCUGAUAUUCUGCAGCAACAGCACCAUUGUGUGUCUCAUCAUGAUUCACAAAAGCCUCCACGAGCCGAUGUACGUUUUCAUCGCCGCUCUGCUGCUGAACUCCGUGUUUUUCAGCACCGUGAUUUACCCCAAACUUCUGAUGGACUUCCUGUCCGAAAAGCAGAUCAUCUCGUAUCAAGCGUGUCUCUUUCAGGUGUUUUUCUUUUACUCGUUAAGCUGCUCCGAAUUCAUGCUGCUGGCAGUCACGGCCUUCGACAGAUACGUGUCCAUAUGUAAACCUCUGCAUUAUACAACUAUCAUGAGAAGAACCACCGUCAGUUCGUUCCUGCUUUUGGCCUGGCUCGCGCCUGCUUGUCACGUUGCGGUGCCGGUCAUGACGAACAUCAAUCAAAAACUCUGCGGCUUUACUUUGAAAGGUAUUUUUUGCAACAACUCACUCCAACGUCUUCCCUGCGCAAAUUCAAAGGUGCUUUUUAUCUACGGUGCCGCCGGUGUGUUUACCGUCACACUCCUUCCGAUGCUUUUUGUACUCUUUACAUACACAAAGAUCUUCAUGAUAACUUACCGGAGCUGUGGGGAAGUCAGGAAAAAGGCGGCGCAGACCUGCUUACCUCACCUGUUUGUUUUGAUCAACUACACCUGUUUGCUUCUUUACGACCUGAUUAUAGUGAGAAUAGAAUCUGAUCGUCCAAAAACCGCCCGUUUUGUGAUGACGCUGCAGAUAGUCAUAUAUAAUCCCCUGUUUAACCCGAUUAUCUACGGACUGAAAAUGAAGGAAAUUUCUAAACACCUCAAAACGCUGUUCUGUCACGUCAGAGCGAACUGA